AGCCCCGCCCCUUCCACGGAGCACCGCCGCCGGGGACCAGGCCUGGCAGUGGGGGGGCUGUGGUGAUGAUGUCACCUUCGAGUACCUCAAGUCCCGGCAGUUCAUGGAUCUCAAGCGUAAGAGGGGGGCAAGCGACAUCUGCACCCUAAUUGACCUGCAUAACAGUGAGGCUGGGAGACUGACGGUAAAGAACUUCUUGCUGACGGAGUGCAAGUGCCACGGGCUGUCAGGCUCCUGCUCUGUGCGGACCUGCUGGAAGAAGACUCCCGCGCUCAGGGAGGUGGGGGGCAGUCUGCUGGCUCGCUUCCAGAGCGCGGUGCGUGUCACGGGCAGCAACGAUGGGAAAAACCUGAUACCCGCCGUGCCAGGACUCUGCCAACACCCGGGACGCUACCAGCUGCUGUUCUCUGCAGAGUCACCCCACUUCUGUCUCGCCAACCGACGGACGGGUGCCCAGGGGACCCAUGGACGUGCCUGCAGUGAAACCAAGGAGGCAGGAGAGAGUGACCUGGGCAGCUGCGAGGCCCUGUGUUGCGGCCGUGGCUUCAGGGAAGAGACUGUCAGACUGGAGGAAAACUGCCAGUGUCGGUUUUACUGGUGCUGCGUGGUCCAAUGUAAGAUGUAUGCCUCCAGACGCAACGUCAGUGUGUGUUUGUAGACCAGGUCCUGAAUAUCACAGCAAAUAAUUGAAGUUGGAAGUAAAAUGAAAACAUGAUCAGAGGCUAGCUUCUUGUGCUUCUGGAGGCUUGGGUGUAAUCGUCUGCCUGCUUAGUGGUGAAAUCGCCUUGUGGACAUCCCUGUAAGAAUACAUUAGUCAACAUUACUGCGAUGUUUCAUGCCCAAACCAAGUUGCUCUUUUAGUUCAGGUUUUAUCAUGGUAAAUCAGACAACAGCAAACAUCAUGAAAAAAAAAGACUCAGUUGGGACAAAACUUAAAUUGGGUGUUUAUUAUCUUCCGAUAAAAUUAGUUAACUAUACCAAUACCUAGUGACCAAAAACUACAGUUUUGUACCAGGUUAAUACUUUUAUAAAUAAUGUAGCAUGUUUCGCAAGAAGCAGCACAUACUGCUUCCUGGCACAGGUAAACCAUUUAACAAUAGUUCAUUGACGUUCUCUAUAAAUCGUGCCAGCCAGGCUUAAUAAUACUGGCUCAGGGGUUACAUCCCCAUAAUUAGUACUCACUAAGACAUUCAAUUUACUAAAGUCCCCAGUUAUUAUCCAUAGUUUACUUAGGAAUCUACGGUUAGCCUCAACUAUUGUUCAGUGAAACUACAGUUUUAGACAAACAGCUUUGGUUUUCUGUCUUUAACUACACUUUAACGCACACAAACGUUUAGUAUUUCCACUAAACUGAAGUUUGUUUUCUUAAGGUGGAUCUUAAAAAGCAACUUGGUAUUAUGAGCAGGUCAAACGAUUUUCAGCAGAAACGUAAUUCCAGACUGGCAUUCUGAAAUGGGAAACAGAAAAGGAAUUAUUUAAAAAUAAAAAUAAAAUGAAUAUUUAUAACUAACAGUUUUACAAAUGCCGCUGAUUGAUUUCGUUGUUGAAACGUGUGAAUAUUAUGUUGUAAAUGUAGAUGUUAAGAAGAAUGUAAGAUGACACUC